CUUAUAAUUGCUGCAGGAGAUAAUAGUACACUAGGGAGUGUGAUAGGAUUCAUCAAAACUUUUGGUAUGGAAAACAAGGAGAAAGUAUUGAUGAAAAAGUAUGAAAUGGGAAGAUUGUUAGGCCAAGGGAACUUUGCUAAAGUUUACCAUGGAAGGAACAUCGAAACUGGCCAAAGCGUGGCGGUUAAGGUGAUCCAGAAAGAUAAGGUUUCAAAAGUAGGGAUGAUCGACCAAACGAAGAGGGAGAUAUCAGCAAUGAGCCUCGUCAAACACCCUAACAUCUUGGAGCUUUAUGAAGUUAUGGCAACCAAAACCAAGAUUUACUUUGUCAUGGAAUAUGCCAAAGGUGGUGAACUCCUCCAGAAGGUGUUAAAAGGAAAGUUGAGAGAAGACGUGUCGAGGAAGUAUUUCCAACAACUGAUCAGUGCGGUAGAUUUCUGCCAUACCCAAGGCGUUUAUCACCGCGAUUUGAAGCUAGAAAACUUGCUUAUUGAUGAAAACGGUGCUCUUAAAGUUUCGGAUUUCGGCCUGAGUGCGCUCGCGGAGUCAAAGCAUCAAGACAUGUUACUACACACGACAUGUGGAACCCCUGCAUAUGUGGCGCCCGAAGUUAUACACAGAAAGGGCUAUGAUGGAGCCAAAGCUGAUGUCUGGUCCUGUGGGGUGGUUCUUUAUGCUCUUUUGGCUGGUUCUCUGCCAUUCAAUGACUCGAACCUUAUGGCUAUGUAUAGGAAAAUAAGCACUGCUGACUACAAAGUCCCUAACUGGUUUCCACCAGAAGUCACCAAGUUGUUGUUGAGAAUCUUCAAUCCUAAUCCAAAAGAGCGAAUUUCGAUUGCGAGAAUCAUGGCAACUCCAUGGUUCAGAAAGGGUUUUAACCCCAAACCAGACGAGAGACGACCCAAAACCGAAUUGGCUAACUACAAUGCAUUUGAAGCAAAGAAGCUCACUAAUUUGAAUGCCUUCGACAUCAUUUCCUUAUCGAGUGGGUUGGAUUUAUCGGGAUUGUUUUACGAAAAUGACCAGAAAAAGAAGGAAAUGCAGUUCACUUCUACGCACACUGCCUCUGCUAUCAUAUCUAAACUAGAGGACAUUGCCGAGAGUUUGAAGCUGAAAGUUAAGAUGAAAGAUGGAGGACUGAUGAAAAUGGAAGGAUCGAAUAGAGGUAGAAAAGGCGCAUUGGCCAUUGAUGUCAAGAUAUUCGAGUUCACCCCAUCUUUCCAUUUAGUAGAGAUAAAGAAGUCCAGUGGUGAUACGUUGGAGUUUCAAAACACACUGCAACAGGAUGUUAAACCAGCUCUCAAGGAUAUUGUUUGUGCUUGGCAAGGGAAGGAAGAAGAAGAAGCCAGAAAACUAUACACUAAGAAGACUGAUAAUGAAAUACAUGAAUUCAAGAGUAAAGCGCAGCCGGGAUCUCGAAUCCAGGUCAGUCCUGCUGGAAAUAACAUCUUCAUUUUCUCUUUUAGUAAUGAAUCUGCUAGAGAAUGGGUACUUGAACAUGGUCCAUGGCAUGUGCAUAAUAAACCCUUAAUACUUAGGAAAUGGGAACCUAACCUGAAAAGCCUUAGCUUCAACUUGUCUAAAAUCCCUGUUUGGGUUCAAUUGUACAACGUUCCCCUUGAACUUUUCUCUAGAGCAGGCUUAAGCUAUAUAGCAAGUGCCAUUGGAGUUCCAAUCUCUAUGGACUCGAUUACUGCUGCAAAAUCACGGCUUGAGUUUGCAAAAGUCUGUGUAGAAAUUGGUGUUAAAGAUACAAUUCCUAAACACAUUAAUAUAGUACUGAAAGAUGGGCAAACAACCUCGAUCAGUGUAGAGGUUCCUUGGCUACCCCAAUCUUGUAGAAGAUGCAAUGUUUUCGGACAUAAUGAAAAAUGA